AUGAAUGAAGCAAAGAACUAUAGGGGUAUCUCUAUUGGAGCAAAUUUGAGUAGAAUUCUAUCGAAGAUAAUAACAGAGCGCCUUAAAGGUGCGUACGAGAAGAUCCUCAAUGAAAAUCAGUAUGGCUUUCGUGCUAAUCGAUCAACAGCUGAUGCCAUUUUUAUUACCAACAAUGUAAUACAAAAACAUGAUGGAACACUUGUAGUAACAUACGUUGAUUUGACAGCUGCUUAUGACCAUAUCCCACGUGAUCUACUCAUCAGGGUUUUAUUGAUUAGAACGGGAGCCAAACACAUUGCUGAUCUAAUAAAAGCCAUGUAUGAAGGAACAACUGCAUGUAUUGCCGGAAUGAAAACGUUCUUUGAUGUGUUGGCUCUUACUGCCGGUCUUACUGGUUGUCCACAAUCUAUCGUUUGUAUGCUAGACUAA